AUGGAAAUUGCAUUUCUUUUUCUUUGUUGUUUAAUAUUGGUUGGUGUUGUGUUAGUGGCGGCGGGUGCUACAACACACUAUGGGGUGGUAAGUUUGCUCUUUGCUGCGGUAUUAAGUAGUGGUUUAUUGGUGGUUGGAGGAGGCAGUUUUAUGCCCAUUGUAGUAUUGUUAAUCUAUCUAGGUGGGUUAUUGGUGGUAUUUGCUUUUUGUGUUGGGUUCACUGAUGAUGAGUAUUGUGAAUUUUGGGGGACGGGAGCAUCUAAAGGGGUGGCCGGUGUUUGUGGGGUCGGGUUGAUGGUGAUGGGUUAUCGUAUGUAUAAGUAUACAUGGGUAGGGACCUUGGGGGGCUUUUUAGAUGCUGUGGAGGUUUGGAGUGAGGAUAUCAGUAAUGAACUUCUAGGGGUUGGGUUAUUUUAUUUGGAAGGUUGGGUUUUUGUUGCAUUAAGUGGUUGGGCUUUGUUGAUUGUGUUAUUUGUAAUUAUAGGUCUCGUCCGGGGUCAUCGUCGAGGGGCACUUCGGUCAUUGAGG